AUGUCGGAUGCUACGGCGACAUCACCAAAAUGGUCAAGCGAUCGAUUUUUCCAGACGCAAGCGCCACCGGCGAAUCUCUCGGAAGCAUCCUCGGCCGCAUCCGAGUUCGUCCAGCGACACAUCAAAGAAGGGCGUCGAGUAGUGCUGGUCACCUCGGGAGGAACAACGGUGCCGCUGGAGAAGAACGUGGUACGCUUUCUUGACAACUUUUCGGCGGGAACUAGAGGUGCCACGUCGGCCGAGUACUUCCUUUCCGCCGGCUAUGCUGUGAUCUUCAUGAGCCGACAGCAUUCGCUUGCACCGUACACGAGACACUAUAGUCAUACCACGAACCCUUUCCUGGAUUUGCUUGCGGAUCCUGCGACGCACGUUCACACUGAUUCGCCCGCGUCGGCCUCGGGAGGAGACAACAUCACCGUACUCAAGCAGCAUGUGGCGCAUCUUCGACCGAUCCUUUCGGCGUAUCACCACGCGCGUACUUCGGGCCUCCUGCAUACAGUGCCAUUCGUGACGGUCAACGACUACCUUUGGCUCUUACGAGAAAUGUCUCGUGUAAUGCAGCCGUUGGGUCGCAAUGGAAUGUACUACCUUGCUGCAGCGGUGAGUGACUUUUUCAUCCCUUCUACCAACGUGCCGGAACACAAGAUCCAGUCGGGAAAAGGCUCGUUGGUGAUCGAGAUGGAUCAAGUCCCGAAAGUGCUGAAACCCAUGGUGGAGCAAUGGGUUCCCGAAGGCUACCUAGUCAGCUUCAAGCUCGAGACGGAUCCGAAGCUGCUGAUCCCCAAAGCUGUCGGUGCACUGCAGAGAUACGGGCAUCAACUUGUCAUUGGGAACGACUUGAAUCGACGCAAGUUCGAGGUGGUGUUUGUAGAACGGAAACCGGAGACCCCGGUAUCAUCUACAUCGACCAGGCCGACACAUAGCUUGAAUGUCGACGGCCAACAAUAUUCGGCGACGUGGAUGCGGCUCGAAGAUGCGAGCGCUGUGGCAGAUACCGAAGGAGGCGGAAAGGGCGGAGAGAAGGAGCUCGAAGAAGACAUUGUUCACGAGCUCUGUAGCAGGCACCAACAGUGGAUUUCCAAUUCGCCCGGUGCUGCUGCCAGGAUUUGA